AUUUAUUAAUGGGAAAUUCAAAAAAGUUCAAGCUUAACUUUCCUUAGUUUUCUGUUGAAUAUUUUAUCAAAAUUGAAUAGUACAGAUAAAUUUCAGAUGAAUUAUGAAUGCUCAUAAACAAAAAAACUUGAUCCAGAAAACUCUCGUACGGAAUACUGAAAAACCCGUCCAAAAAUGUAAAGUGGUCCCAGAUGCCCCAACAGAGACUGAAAAAAAAGACUCGAAAAAUUUAAAUCCAGCAGAUUCGAAAAAAACUAUCUCCGAGAGAAAUAAACCUCAAACGAAGUUUGAUGUCCCGACAUUGUGCUCAACACUAAAAUUAUCCAAAAAAAUUGAUGAAAUAUCGAAACCCAGGAAAACCAAGAGUUUAUCAGAUGUGGGACAUAAGAAACUUGCUGUUGAUGAAAAAGUAACCCAGAAAAUUAACUUUCCUUACAGCGAACCUAACUUUAGGAAUUUGAUACCAUUAUCUGUCAGCCAAGCUCCAUCACAGCCACUUGUUGCUUCUAGGGAGCCAUUACCACAUAAAGACAAAGAACCAUUGCUUGUGGAUUUUGUGGAACAAAAAACAGUUCCUGAUUACUACAGUUUACCUAGUGUUAAGAUAGAAAAUAGGACACUUUUAGUAAAGAGUAAUAAUUUGAGAUUGUAUAAAAUGUUAGAACUCAAUGAUAAGUAGGAAUUUUAAAAUUAUAAAAUGAAACCAGAGGUUUUUAUGUCAACGGCAUCAUUGUCAUUCACAGUCUCAUCAGAGAUGUAACAUAGGAUAAUCAAUCCAGCUUCUCGACUGGAAAAUAUCUAGUUGAAGGGGAAAGGUUGUAAUUAAACAUGUUUAUAUCAAGAACUUUUAAGCCCAUGAAAAGCAUAUUUCUGUUUUUCUCAUUAAAAGAAAAUGUUUUUUUUUCUGAUUGAUUCGGCUGUGAUAUUUUUUAAAAAUAAAGUUUGUGAAGAUUAAA